CGCAUUUCCUACAUGACCUGAAUGUAGCUUUGGUUAGCUCUGCUGCAACAAUGGCCACCAUCUGUCAGAAAUGGAGACCCGACCGAGGUCGCUGUUUCAAAACCUACGGAAUCGUUUUCGUGUUGUUUAUGGACCUGGUCUUCCAAUGUGUUAACGGGUACCUGAGCUCCCCUCACGUUGGCCAGGAGCCUCCCUACUCCAGAGACGCCCAGCAUGGACCCGUCAUCACCAGCCCAGUGGUCCCUGCUGCCGCCUCAGUGUCUCCUACAGAUGAAGAGAGCUACACUUCCAAGUGUCCUAGUGGGGGUUCGUGUAUUCGCCUGCCAGCUGAUUGCAUGCACUGCAAUUACCAACACAAUUACCAACCCAACUGCAUCUACAAGAAACCAGUUUUGUUCACCUGUAAACCAAAAAAAGGAGUUCACUGCAUAGCAGAGUCGGGACAGCAGCAAACCAACUUCUUUCUCUCCAUCAGCUGUCAGUUCUGCUGGCAGCUGGACCCGUCCCAGUACCGCUGCUCAAACUCCACCAACUGCAUGACGGUGUCCUGCCCACGCAAGCGCUACAACGCCACCUGUGACGUGUUAGACCACGUGCAUUGUUUAGGUAAUAGACGUUUUCAGAAACGUUUAUUUUGUAACUGGACGGGUGGAUACAAAUGGUCAACGGCAUUAGCACUCAGCAUUACGCUUGGUGGUUUUGGGGCUGACCGGUUUUAUCUGGGCCAGUGGAGAGAGGGUCUGGGCAAGCUGUUCAGCUUCGGGGGCUUGGGCAUUUGGACUUUGAUAGACGUUCUUCUGAUAGGGGUCGGUUAUGUGGGACCCGCCGACGGCUCUCUGUACAUCUGAGGCGGAAGCCCCGGGACACGUGGCUGCGUGGUUUCGUGGCCCCCCCCGUCCCUUCACACCGCUCCACCCUCAAAGAUGGAAGAUUUGAGAUGCUGUGUGCUUGGCACGCUCCGAGCUCGCUGCGCAACACGUCCCCAUCCCAUCUGCUAACUGACAGGAAGUGUUUUCCUCAUUACGCCAGCCACGAGUCUACCCACACAGCCCAUCAGAUCGAUCCCAAUCACUCGCCGUCCGUCUCCUGCUGAGAUCCUGCGGAUGGAUCUGUGCGCGGGGAUGAGGAGCCGGUCAUUAUGUCUCUCUGGUUGGUUUGACUUAACCGGUGGUCAGGCUCCGUCAUGCUGAUGUAGAGAUAGGUUCGAUUUCCCGUGGAGCAGCGCUUUCACCGACAUCCUGCCACCUUGGAGUCAUGUGUUGCUCCUCCCCUAUUGCAAGGUCAAUGCAUCAAUGGGGGGGGUUCCAGAUGGUAACAUCACACAAAAUAGACUAGCUAAAAAGGUAGUAUAUGUAUGCCCUGAAAGGAAGCAUUAAAUAUGCGGAAGGGAGUUUGUCCAGGUGUUUGUAUUUCCAGCAGACAGUUGGUCUUGUGGAUGAGUUCAAUGGUUAUUUUAAAUGUGUUAUUUAGUUUUUAUUCAUUUUUUUUCCUAACAUUGAGUCAGGCCACAACUGUAUAAAACAUAGCCUCAAGGGAUAGGUAAAUGACACCGAUGCUUUUCUUUAGCCCAAAUUUGCCCAAAUAAUGUAAAGUUUAUUAUUAAAGUUCAUAUGUAGUAAAAAAAUAAAUAUGUAAGAGCUACUGUAUAUUCAAGCUGCAACUGUUAGAGAACCAGAAAGAAGUGCGGCAGCAACAACUCAUUUCUGUCAUGACUCGCAGCAACAUGUAGUCAGAUAUUUCUUUUUUCUUUUUGGGAAAGGCAGAGAUAAGAAUCUCAACCGUGUAUGUCUGUAUGUAUUGAAACCCUUGAAAUGUGUUGCACUAGAAAACUGCAGUUGCUUGUGGUUUCCCGUGUUGGAGAUAUAAAUAUAUCAGAGAUAUCCAGUGCAUUCAGCUGGUGUUUUACUUCCUCACUCAUUAUCAUUCUUCACAUUGUAGAAAGGGUUCUGUGUACUAACACCGUAAGAUUCUUUGCUCGAGGCCGCGUGGCACACAAUGGGCUCAUCCUUCAUGUAAAUAUGUUUUUCUGUUUUCAGUGUCGGGUCAACUGUUUCACACUGUAAAUUACUUUCUUCUUUUUUUUUUUAAAGUUAUGUUAAUAAAAUUGUGAAAUAUGACACGUGUUGAUCCAAUUGUACUCUCAGCACUAGCAGGUUGUUGUAAUUCACUCGUUGGUUUAUGGUGGUGUUUGAUGGGGGAAUGAGAAGUGGAUUAAGAAACAAAACACUGAAAGCUAAACUAUUUCAAUUCUGAAAUGCAGAAAUUAAAUUUAGAACUUUAAUUCGCAAUAAGCGAGCAGCGUUGUUUCCCAUCCUGGACAAAGUGACACUCAAUACUUUGAUAUGAGGUCAGAGGUCAGCCUCAUUUCACUUUUAGGGAACAGCACAGAUGUUUACGAUGGGACAUGAGCUCGGGCCUUCUACGUCAAUGCUGUUGGAAUUCAGGACUCUAAUAUUAGCUCGGGUCAUUUUCACACGUCUGUGCCUUUUCUCACAUUAAACAGAAAGGGGUGUGUCCCCCACGGGUGUGUGACGAGGGGGGGGCUUUCCUAACAGUACUUAAACAUGAACAGAGUUAUAGUGAACCAGUUAUGUCAAGUUUUUACAACCACACUAUUAUACUCAACAAUCCAUGUAGAAACCCCUGUGCUCAUAUUACAUAAUGUGAGGUUGAAAAAAAAAAAAAGAAAAAAGGAAAAAAUCACAGGGAGGGUGGGCUUCAUUUCCUUUUGUAGUAACUUCUUGGUUUUCUGUGUCGACUUUUCCAAUUGGCUGUUGUAAAUUGACUCCACCCUAAUGCUUGCUCUUCAAAUGUUUCACCGCCCACUCACAGCUUCCUCCCACAGACUGAUGCAAGCGUGUGUCACACAUACUCCGAGUUGAAGUGGAGACGUGAAACGCUCACAUUCUGUUGGGUUUUUUUCUCCCCUUUUGGAAAUGUUGACGAAAGGCUUCCACAGCAUGCUCCCUAUACGAUCCCUAUUUGACUCAGAUUUAAGCUUCAAACCACAAAUCUGCUUCCUUCAAAUUAGAACCAUCUCCAAAAAUCAAACUCAUCCUCUCACCUGGAAAAAAAACUCACUUUAUCUUCUCAAGACUUGAUUACUGGAACUCUCUCCUCUCUGGCAUCAACCAAAAGUCGCUCACCCGCGUCCGACUAGUUCAGAACGCAGCAGCUUGGCUUCUCACUGGUUUUAACAGACGACAUCACAUCACCCCAAUCCUGGCUUCUCUUCACUGGCUCCCUGUUUGUUUUAAGACUUGAUUUUACUGAUCACUUUUAAAGCAAGUCUGGGUCUGGCCCUAAAAUAUAUAGAAGAAAAGUUGACCACUUAUGAGCCAGCUCGCAGACUUAGAUCCUCGGGUUGGGGGGGGGGGGGGGGCCCUAAUUGUGGUUCCAAUGUCGAGGCUCAAAACUAAAGGUGACCGUGCGUUCUGCCAUCAGGGUCUGGAGCGAGCUGCCUGAGGAGAUAAAGCUCUCGGAAGCAGUAUUCUGUUAAAUCGCUUCUUAAAACCCAUAUAGUAUACGGACUGGCUUUUAUGUGAUGUGUUUUUACUGCUUUAUUGUAUUUUGUUUCUUUAAUUAAUUUUAUUUCAUAGUUUAUCGUAUUGAUUGGUUUUAUUGUUUCAUCUAUUGUGCUGUUUUAUCAGGGUUUAACUUUUACCUUAGUUUGUCGGUCUUCGUCUGUCAAAGCAAUUUGUAAACUUGUUUUUUUAAAGCCACUAUAAAAAUAAAAUUUGGAUUUUUGCUACCGUC